AAAAAUCUUUAAUUUAAUUUUUAUUAAAGAAUUUUUUUAUAUUUUUUAAUUUUUCAUUAUUAAAAAAAAAAUUUAUUUUUUUCCAGUUCUUUGUUUUUUUUUUUUUUUGGAAUUUUUGCCAGUAGUUAUUUGGUUCGAAUUUACAAAUGCAUAUGAUGUGAAAUUUAAAAUAAACAAAAAAUAAAAAUGAUUUCCGAAUUAAGGAUUUUUGUUUUCCAUUAAAAUUAAAGAACUAGAAGAACAAGAAAACAAUGAAUUUUUAAUAAUUAUUUAAAAAGAAAUGAAUUUAAUAUAAAAAAAAUUUUAAAUGUAUGGUGGUAUUAAAAAAUUUUAUAUGAAUCUGUGAUUAUUAUCCUUUUCUUAAAUAUCCUUUAUAUGUAUUGUGUACCUAUAUGAUAAAAUAUAAAAUAAGUGAAAAGAAAAAUCGAAAAACAUUAAAUUUAAAAAAAAAAAAAUAAAAUAUUUUUCCAAUAAUUUUUUUUUUUGAAUUUUUUCCGUGCGUCCUGUUUAUCGGUGUGUGUCUGUCAUUUUUAGUGUGAAUAAAUAAAAAAAAAACAAAUUCUUUAUUAAAUAAAAAAAAGUACCGCAAAUUAUACAACAAAAAAAAUUUUUGCAUAAUAUUUGGAUGUGCAUAUUACGGUCAUUAUGAAAAAAUGUAAAUAAAAAAUCAACAACAUGUACUUAAAACUUCAAAAAUCAUAAAUUAAAAUGAAAAUUUCAAAAAUAAUUAAAAGGACCUUCACAAAUUAAAACAAAAUUCAUCUAAUUUUUUCUAAAUGUGUGUAUGUAAAUUAAAUAAUAAAUUUUAAAUACCAAAUAUAUAAUAAAAAUAAUAUGAAAAAUAAUCUCAUUAAAUUUUAUUACAAUUUUGAAGAUGUUUCAAUAAUAAUAAUUUUUAUUAAAGUGAUAACAAAAAUAAUAUUUUAAAAUUCACAUUUAAAUUAAUUUAUAGAAAUAAAAAUAAUAAAAAAUUAUUAAAAAGUUUUAAAAAAAAUUUUCAUAAUUGAGAAAGAAAUAAUAAUAAUUAAAAUAAAAGAAAAAUGGUAGUUUGGUGUUAUAUUUUAGCUAGUAUACUAGGAGUUGUUAUUGGAACCUAUCUCCUAUUGGAAAUUCAUUAUUUUAUAAGAAUAGCAAUCAGUGUGUUACUAGCCAGAUAUGUUAAGAAAAGAAUACGUAUUAUGGAUACUGCAAUAUUUACAAGUUUUUGUAUAACGAACGACAUUGAUGUUUAUUUAAAUCAUAUGAAUAAUGCUAGAUAUUUACGUGAACUAGAUUUUGCUCGAGUUGAUUUUUAUGAAAGAACUGGUCUAUAUAAAGUAAUUGUUUCUAAAAAUGGCACUAUUGUUCAAGGAGCAACAACAAUACGUUACAGAAGAUUUAUACGAGUUUUUUCAAUUUUUAAAAUUGCAUCUAGGGUAAUUUAUUGGGAUGAACAAUCAAUAUAUUUAGAGCAUCGAUUUAUAAAUCCAAAGGAUAAUUUUAUACAUUGUAUUGCAGUUUGUAAACAACGUUUAAUUAAUUGUUCAGCUAAUGAAGUAAUGACAAUAUUAUUAAGCCGAGAAAAUCAUAAAACAUUACAAUCACCAACAGCAUUAACAAAAUCAAUUCAUUCACAAAAUUCUGUACCAACAACUAAUGGUACAACAAAUACAACAUCAGAAACAAAUGGAACAGCUAAUGGUAAUGAUGUUCAUAAUAAAAAUGGGAGUGCAACCGAAACUAUUGUUAUGCAACAUGAUAUUAGUCGUAUUGAAAAUGGUGAUAUGACUAAAUUUAAACCAGAAAUUCCAGCUGACAUUUUAAAAUGGAUAGAAUAUAAUGAAAUAUCAAGUAGUAAUUUAAAAAAAUUAAGUAAUAAUUGCUGACCAUAAAAUUAAUAAUAUUAAAAGGGUAUACUUACACGAUCCUAUAUAUUUAUAAAUAUAACUAAUGUUCGUGUAUGUUUAUGGUUAAAAUAAUUGAAGGUAAUCAGGUCCACUAUAUAAUAUGUAAUUAUUAUAUAGUGUAGUGACAUUAAGGAUUUAAGGAUCUUCAAUAUAAUUCUAUAUAUAUUUUUAAAAUAUAUUAUAUGGCAAAUCUUAAAAUUAUUAAUGUCAUGAAAUAAUAAUGAUUUGCAUUUAUAGAAAUAGGGAGUAGAAAGAAAUAAAAACAAAAAAAUGCUUAUGAAAUGGGCCCAGAAUAUUUGAGAAAAUGUAUGUAUAUGAGCUCGAGGUUAAGGGUUAAAAUCAUGACUGAUGUUAAAAGAUUGUGAUAAUGUAAGCUGGAAAAAAUGGAAUUUCCAACAAAUUUCUAUUAUAUUAGCAAGUUUUUUUUUAAUAGAAUACAAAAUUUAAAUCACUAAAAUUUUAAAGAAAUAAAUUAGAAAAUAUUAGGACAUUUUAAUAAAUAUAAUUCAAAAUCGAAUUUAAUGUAGAUUUUUCUAAGUAAAAAAAAAAAACUCAAAAUUUAAAUUGUAUUUUAUAAAAAUUUUGCCUGUUAUUUUUUUACUAUGCUUAUUAUAAAAUAAAAAAAAAAAACAUUAUUAAAGUAAAUUUAACGCGAUAUUGUGUAACGAAUUUAGACUAUAUUCUAUUUAGUACAUAUAAAAUGUGCUAACCGAGAUAAUGAUUAAUGUUGUUCUGAUUUCUUGCUUCGAAUUCCGAAAUUCGUAUAGUUUUACGAGGUAAUUAUCUGAUACUCAUAAAUGUUCGUAUUACCAAUUUAAAUUUUUUUAAUAAUUUCGUUGUUACUAUGAUUAUAUAAUUAACCACAUUAGGUAUACAAAUACAAAAUAGUAAUUUGUUGGUAUUAUAAAAAAUUUCCUUAUUUAAUUUUUAAAAUAAUUUGCGAAACACAUUUUCAUUCUUUAUUUUCAUUAAUCUGUUUUAAAAAGUGAACUUAUUGUGAAUUUUAAUUUAUUACUGUGAAUUUUCUGUUAAAAAUUGCAGAAUGUGUUUUCUAAUAUACGUAUUUUUUAUAAGUCAGUAUUGUGUUGUUUGCCUGUGUAUAUUUUUCAUCAAAUAUAUUAUUUGUUAUAUUAAAAUUAUAACAGUUUUUUAUACCGAUAGAAAUUCAUACAUUCUUUUUAAAAAAUUUUAAAUAAUAUGGUGUGCGUCUUUAAUUGGUUUGAAAACAAAAUAAGUGGUUCACGUUCAUGAUUACAUAUUUACUUGUAUAUUAUGCUCUUAUUGUUAUACAUUAAAUUAGGAAAUUUUUAUUAUUUUGUUCACAAUAGAAUUUUUAAUUAAUUUUUAAUAAUUUCUUAUUUAUUAAAAUAUAAAUUUCUUAUUAUAAAAUUUAAAUGCAACAAUACAUAUUUGUUUUUCUAAUAACCUAAUCUGGCUGAAUAUUUGUCAUAAUAGUUUAGUUUAAAAAUUUAGCGCUUGCUAUAGUUUUAAACUCUUGUUUAGUAAUAUUAUUUUGGUAAUUUAUAUCCCAGUGAUUGUAUCACAAAAUUAUUCAAAGGCAUGAUUGAAUUGAAUUUUAUAUAUUAGGCACAAAUUAAGAAAUCUUAUUUGUUUAAUCAAUUUAUUUAAAACUAUAAUUUAGUCAUAUAAUUUUGUAAUUGAUAUUUAAAUAUUAAUCUUGUGAUCAUAAAAUUUUAGGGUCGAAUUUCCAUUAUUACAUGCAUAUUAAAAUCUAUAUAAUUAAUUUCAAAUUUAAAAUAAUUGUUAACUAUUAGAUUAUAAUAUAUAAUUUAUAGAUCAAACCUAAAAAAGAAGUAUUUCAAUUAUUAA